AUUCACACAGGAGAGAAACCGCAUCACUGCUCUGACUGUGGGAAGAGUUUCAGACACACAGAAACCCUGAAAGAACACCUGAGAAUUCACACAGGAGAGAAACUACAUUGCUGCUCUGACUGCGGGAAGAGUUUCAGUCGUUCAGGAAACCUGAAAACACACCAGCGAACUCACACAGGAGAGAAACCAUAUCGUUGCUCUGACUGUGGGAAGAGAUUCAGACAGCCAGGAUCCCUUAAAGAACACCAGCAAAUUCACACAGGAGAGAAACUUUAUCGCUGCUCUGACUGUGGGAAGCGUUUCAGUCGCUUAGGAAACCUGAAAAAACACCAGCGAACUCACACAGGAGAGAAACCGUAUCGCUGCUCUGACUGUGGGAAGAGUUUCAGUUACUCAGAAACCCUAAGAAAACACCUGCGAACUCACACAGGAGAGAAACCGUAUCGCUGCUCUGACUGUGGGAAGAGUUUCAGUCAGUCUGGACACCUUGUUGCACACCAGCUAACUCACACAGGAGAGAAACCGUAUCGCUGCUCUGACUGUGGGAAGAGUUUCAGUCGCUCAGGAAACCUGAAAGAACACCAGAGAACUCACACAGGAGAGAAACCUUGUCACUGCUCUGACUGUGGGAAGAGUUUCGCUCACUCAGGAACCCUGGUAAAACACCAGCGAAUUCACAGAGGAGAGAUAUCACAUCAGUGUACGGAAUGUGAGAAGAGCUUCAGUUGGUUAAGAAACCUAAAAAGACACCAGCGACUUCACACUGGAGAGAAGCCGUAUCACUGUGUUGACUGUGGGAAAAGCUUCAUUCAAUUUGCAGACCUAAAAAAACACCAGCGAAUUCACACUGGAGAGAAGCCGUAUCACUGUUCUGAAUGUGGGGAGAGCUUCAGUCAGUUAGGAAACCUAAAAAGACACCAGCGCAUUCACACUGGAGAGAAGCCGUAUCACUGUACUGACUGUGGGAAGAGCUUAAGUCAAUUACGAGACCUAAAAAGACACCAGCGAAUUCACACUGGAGAGAAGCUGUAUCACUGUACUGAAUGUGGGGAGAGCUUCAGUCAUUUUGGAAACCUAAAAACACACCAGAGAAUUCACACUGGAGCCAGCCUCCCUCCCUCCCAGUCCCUCACCUCUCCACCAUGCUUGUUUGUGUGCAUGGAGAGCUGUCCGAUUCCUUGUCUCUCGCUCACCCUGCAGUAAAUGAAAGGGGUCCUCAGGAGUGAGAGCCAGCCAGAAUCCAACGACACUGAGAAGGGGAGCAUGUCAAACUGAAGGAGACAGACCCAUUCUUUCAGAAUUAACUGGAGAGCCCUGGGAUUCAGCUCCACUCCUGCCCCUGAAUUGAAUCUCACUCAUGCUGUGAGGAUUUAGGACAGAGUUACAAUGGUAUUCUACUUGAAAGGGACACAUUAAAUUUAUGACAAGCUUUUUCUCUGAACACUUAUAUGUGUGAUACGGACCUAACAAAUUAAACAAAACAGCCAAUAACAUAUAUUCUAUUUGUUUAAUGUAAUUUGAGCUGUAAAUCGCAUUAUUGUUCCAGUGUCAGUGAGAACAGCAUACGAUACAGAAGUGAAUUGUUUAAAAGAAACUAAAACUAAGAAUAUCUUCAUGGGUGUGUGUGUGGCAAAGUGGGUUAUAGUGCGCAGGUGCAGAGGUGAUGCAGUGCUCCAAACAACGACAAACACAGGACUGGAGAUAUUACGGUUCUUUAUUUUAUAACUGACCAACAGAAACAGUGAAACCAGGUAGUAUUUAGUGUUUGGUACUGCUCUGUAUAAAUAAUGCACAGGGAAGUUCUGAAUGAAAAUACACACAGAGACAAAACAUACAUGGUCACCAUUUCUUUAGUGAGUACAGUAGUGCUAGUGGUAAAUAUAACGACAGUGUGCUUUACUGCAGUGAUGUUCUGGUGGGUCACGGCCUCUGGCAGACUAACAGACAAACAAAGACAAAACACUCAAGGUACAUUAACACGGGUCCUUCCGGUCUCCAAUACAUUUACCUAAAAUAAGGAACAGAUUCCGAUUUUCUGUCCCCUUUUCAUGUUGUCACACAUGACCCCUUGGUAAAUGAGUGCAACCGCCUCUCCAAUCUGCGGCUGCCAUGUCGUUUGCCUUCCGGGUCAAUGCGUUCUGGCAACGGAUUCUCGCCCCACUUCCAGACUGGCCGACUUCCCGACCUUGGAAAAGAACCAGCCCGUCGAAAGAACUCUGUUCU